GACCGGGACACCAACAUAACUAGCCAAGAAAUGUUUUAUUAAAAAUUAUUCAUAUAAAAAAUUUCCAGCGAAAUUUCAACAGAACGUGAUAUAUAAGUCCAUUCCACGCAUUCCAUUAAAAAGCUCUGAAUGAUUGAAGUUUCUAGCGGGUUAUUCAGUACGGCGUAACAGCAUCGGCAUGAGGAUUUACCGGUGUUGGUUUUGCUCGAGUCCGAUAUAUCCUGGACACGGGACACUUUUUGUCAGAAAUGACUGCAAGGAAUUCCGUUUCUGUAGAGGAAAAUGUCAUAAAGCUUUUAAAAAGCAUAAAAAUCCACGUAAAGUUAAAUGGACUAAAGUAUCAAGAAGAGUUCGCGGGAAAGAAUUAACUGAUGAUCUAGCUCAAACAUUUGAAAAGAAACGAAAUCUUUUAUUCAAGUAUGAAAGGACAGCAGUUGAAAAAAUAGUGAACGCUGUUCCGAAAAUUGAUCAAAUCAAGCAAAAACGUGAAUCUGCAUUCAUUAGAAAACGUCUAUUGAAAGGUGUGCAGUUACGUAAAGAAGAGGAUAUUAAACUUGUUAAUACACAAAUGCAUUUGAUUGAAGCUCCCGGAGCUAAAAGAAAGCGUGAACUUAUGGAUAUUGAUCCAGAAUCAGAAUUAUCAGAUGAGGAAAUGGAUAUUUCAACCGCGGAACUUGAAAAUGAGACAAGUAAAAGAAAGGUAUCCGAGAAACGGAAGGCUCGUGUCAAGAAACAGAAAAUUGCUUUGGAAGCUAAGUGAUCAAACAAAAAAAGCCUUGCACACUUAUCUUGUACUUAUUUGAUACAUAUACACAAGUUGUUUUAUUUUAAGUGGUGUUCAGUCUUAAUUUCUUAUAUGCUUAAUAGACAGUGCUUCAUUAAUCUCGUAAUGUCUGUCGAGAUUAUUUUUUAGUUAGAAGAUCAUGGCGUCAUGAUCUCAUGCAUUAUUAUUGACGUUUAUGGAGAGGGAGUGGGUGAGUGUUUUUCGUUAUAUUCGGAUACAUAACAAAUCUUUUGGUCGUCGGAGUCGUAUUUUAUGUUAGGUUUACUUAGUCUACAAGGGUGAAAUGAUCUGCUGCUUUUGUUCUGACACUACCUAUGAAUCACUGGUUUGAACAAUCGAGUCUCAGGUCACUAUGAAGUAUUUCUAUCAGUUAAUAAAGUUGUCUAGUCUAUCUGACAUCUGUUAUUUUCAUUCCUAUUGGUAUUAUGAUAUUUCUACGUGGC